AUGUCAGAUCGAAGGAGAAUAAAUGGUCCACCAGGUGGAACACAUGCACCGAUAUUCUCAAAGUAUCUUGCCAAAGAUUCAAAGAAUCGCCCAGAACGACCUUCAAGAAAUAGACAACCUAAUGUUCUAAGGAAAAUUUUUUUGAAGACCGGCGUUACACCAUCAGCUUCAGGAUCUGCAUAUCUCGAACUUGAACCAUCACAGCCUUCAAAUCAAUCUGCUCCAGGCCUUGCUUCCCUCUCUACUUCUGGUCUCAAACUUACAUGUACCGUUCAUGGACCUCGACCAUUAUCUAAAUCCGCUGCAUUCUCACCACAUAUGAUUCUACAGACUCAUGUUAAAUAUGCGCCAUUUGCAUCCAGAAGAAGACGUGGAUAUAUUAGAGAUACGAGUGAAAGGGAUCUUGGAGUACAUUUGGAAACUGCUUUGAGAGGAGUAAUUAUCGGUGAUAGAUGGCCCAAGAGUGGAGUUGAGAUUAAUAUUACGAUUCUUGAAGGAGAGGAGGAUCAUUGGUGGGGUGAUGACAAAUCUUUUGGUUCAUCGACUGCAGGUGGAUGGGGUAUGAUGAGUGUACUCAGUGGUUGUAUAACUGUUGCUUCUGCAGCUAUUGCAGAUGCUGGAAUUGAUUGCGUUGAUGUUGUUUCUGGUGGAGUUGCCGCAUUAGUACGUUCACCUGCCAAUUCAGAGCAAGAGGAUUCUACUUCACUAGUCUUGGAUCCAGUACCAUCUGAGCAUAAGGAGAUUCUAGCAGCAUGUAUUGUGGCAUAUCUUCCUGCUCGAGAUGAAAUCACAGAUCUUUGGGUAAAAGGAGAUAUUGGGCACUCAACUGAGUCUAACAAUGAUGAUCCAUCUUACGAAGAGCUUACGGAGAAUGCGGUACAAGCAGCUUUAGGAGCACAUCGAGUUCUCAUUGGAGCUUUAAAGGAAACUGCAGAUAUCAAAUUCAGACGAUGA